AUCGUCGUUACAAUUCUCAUUCAUUUCCGCUGAUAUGAUUAAGAUUCCGCAUAUUCAUUCUUUUCCAUUGCCAGAUCUACCAUUCGUUGGUCUUUUAUCCCCAACUUAAAAAGUAUGAGUUCCGAAGGUGUUGCAGAAGAUUGCUUAGGAUGGGCAGCAAGAGAUGUAUCUGGAGUUCUAUCACCUUACAAAUUCAGUCGCAGGGCUCUUGGGAACGAAGACGUUUAUGUUAAAAUUACAAACUGUGGUGUUUGUUAUGCUGAUGUAGUUUGGACAAGGAAUAAACAUGGUGAUUCCAUGUAUCCUGUUGUGCCUGGGCAUGAGAUUGCUGGGAUUGUGACAAAAGUUGGUUCCAAUGUCCACCGUUUCAAUGUUGGUGAUCAUGUUGGAGUUGGGACUUAUAUCAACUCAUGCAGGGAUUGUGAGUAUUGUACUGAGGGAGAGGAAGUUCAUUGUACAAAGGGAUCAGUUUACACUUUUAAUGGUGUUGAUUUUGAUGGUACAAUUACAAAAGGAGGGUACUCCAAUUACAUAGUAGUCCAUGAAAGGUAUUGCUUCAUGAUACCAAAAGGCUAUCCCUUGGCUUCUGCAGCCCCUUUGCUUUGUGCUGGACUCACUGUAUAUUCUCCCAUGAUGCGCCACAAGAUGAAUCAACCUGGUAAAUCUCUAGGAGUGAUUGGCCUUGGUGGCCUUGGUCAUAUGGCAGUGAAAUUUGGAAAGGCAUUUGGUUUGAGUGUAACGGUUUUCAGCACUAGCAUAUCCAAGAAAGAGGAGGCACUAAACCUGCUUGGUGCAGACAAAUUUGUUGUCUCAUCUAAUCAAGAGGAAAUGACGGCAUUAGCUAAAUCAUUGAACUUCAUAAUUGACACAGCUUCUGGUGAUCACCCGAUCGAACCUUACAUGUCACUGUUGAAGACAUAUGGUGUUUUUGUUCUAGUUGGGGUCCCAAGUGAAGUCAAAUUCAGCCCUGGAAGCCUUAUUAUAGGAGCAAGGACUGUUUCUGGAAGUAUUACAGGUGGUACAAAGGAUACAGAGGAGAUGAUUGACUUCUGUGCUGCAAACGGGAUUUACCCAAAUAUAGAAGUGAUUCCAAUCCAGUAUGCCAAUGAAGCUCUUGAGAGGCUCAUAAAUAGGGACGUCAAAUAUCGGUUUGUAAUAGAUAUUGAAAAUUCCCUCAAAUAGUGUUAGAGAAAAAAAAAAAAACAAGUUGCUUCCCCGUGUAGACAUAAUUGGACUUCACCUUGUUCGUACAUAUUGAAGGAAAUAAUGAUGCUCAGUGUUUAUAAUGACUUACAUCAGAGGUGAUUCCAAUUGACUAUGUAAU